AUGAUGAUGUUCACUGUGGGAAAUAUACCAAAUUUGGAUGAAAAGCGAGUCAAGCAAGGCGACGAGUUUUUGCAACACGUUUUGGUGAAGACAUUGCUAAAGGUGGCUACGAAAUACCGUACUGCCUACCUGGCUACGGUAUUCACAGAUUCGUUCCUGCACACUCUUAUCCAACUAGCUUUGGUGAACGAUCCACAGGUGCGACUAGGAACGCAGCAGAUUUUCCAUACGCUUCUUGAUAGGCACGACAACUUGUCUCAUCUAUCGCAUUUGGCGUAUGUUUUGGAUGUGUCCGAUGUGCAGUUGACAGUGGAGAAAUGUUCACGAGCCGAUCAGAUGUUCAUGCGAAAACAUAUCCACGACAUGACGUUGAUGCUGUACAGAGCUGUUAUUUUGGUGGCUGACGACGCGAACCUUCAGCAACAUAUGGAUGCCAUUCAGUGCACCAUGAGCUUGUUGUGCAUAGAAGUUGGAUUUGACGAGACUCUAAUCGAACUAUUCCGUCUGGCAUUCGCAUUACAAUCGCUGGCUAUCGAUAAAUCAAUGCCAUUUUCCGAUGAGAAACGCAUCGCUCUUCAUAAUCUCGUCGCUAAAUACAUGAAUUUGGCUGCUCAACUCAUGGCUAAUCCAUCGCUUUGUCAGCAUGUACAACAGGUAGUCGCUAGUCGUGCCCGUGGUCCUGCUGGUUUGAAUCUAUUGGUAGACGAAGAGCAAGGUGAUAGCCAGGUGAAAAUCGUUGUUGAACCCACCGAAGAGGUAGAAAGGUUCGAACUGGACGAUAUCGCCAAUGUGAAUGGAACGUUGUUCGAUCGAAACGAUGUCGCCGAAUGCCUGAAGGCAGCUGGAAAGGACGUGUCUCGUUUGUCACAACCGUUCACGAUCUCGACGAGUAAGACAGCGCCAGAAGAGGAGCCGGAUCAAGCUGAUGGGCGAUCGUCUCCUGUGCUGCCUAUGGGUUGGUACCUUCGUCGAAUUUCAUCAAUGCACACCACUGGGAUUCCAAUGGAGGGGGUCGCAUUUGAGUCGCUCACGAAAGGGUGGGUGACGAGAGGAGGGGGUUGCAUUCAAGUCGCUCAGGAAAGGUACUCGACCUGCUGA